AUGGCCGAAGGCCCGGGCAGCUCCCUGCCGCCCCUGGCCAGCGCCAUGCUGCCAACCCCGGCCUUGAGCUCAGAGCAACGGGCGGCUCUGGUCUUCGUCUUCCUCCUCUUCGUUGUCCUGGGCUUGCUGAUCGUCCGUUGCUUCCGGAUCUUGCUGGACCCCUACCGCAGCACGCCGACCUCCAUGUGGACCGACUACAUGGAAAAAGACACCUUCGGCUACCGGCUGGCCUGA